GUUCCUUGUGCAUGCGUGCCCCAGAGUCUCACCGCUGUAUCUGGGGCCACUACCUCUUACGUUAGUGUGACUGCUUCGUGAGAAAUGGCAUACAGCCUAUGGAUUGCCUUACUCAUGUUCCCGGUUCUGGUGCACUGUCAAAGUGGAGGAGAAUUGGUUGACAAUGGUGAGCUGCCAUUCCUCUUUAAGAGUUAUAUUUAAAUGAUUUACAUUCAUUGAUUUAAUAGGAGAUUUAAUCCUGAAGACUCAGUGCAACACUUGUGUCCAACACAGUGAUGGUGCAACAUUAACUGUUCAUUCUCAUUCUGUACGAAAAUGUAUUUGACAAAAGAUUUGCUGCUCUUGACCCCAUCCAAACCGCUGAAAUUGUUUUGUUUUGUUUCCUUUCCAGAACCCAGAAUACUCUGCACCUCUCAUCUCAGUGUCUUGGCAGGAAACAGCCUAACCUGCCACCUUGAUGAUGAUGCCGAUGAUGAUGAUGAAAUCGAGGACAUAAAAGCCAUGGGUCUUUGGUAAUAAACCUCCUUGAAGACCACUGAACAUCAGAUGUAUUAGUUAGGAGCUUAUACAACACAAAUGACAAAUAUCAUGGGUAGAAGAACUCCACCCUUACUGCAUAUUCAGAUAUCCAGAUGUGUAAAAUCCUCAGAUGGAUUAGGAAAUUAUUUAUUGAUAAUGUGAUUUUAUGAACAUUAUGUUUACAGCUACACAGACGACAAAAAGCAACGCUGUUUGACAAAGAAGGGUAAUAAUGUCACAUUUACGGACCUGGACACUCUGCAAUCGUAUAAUCUCACCGUUCAAUUCAAACGAGGCGGCACAUUUUGGAAAAGAAUGAGUUUGAGAGAAAUAAGUAAGUUAUCAUAAUUUCAUACCUUCUCACCCUAUGGUUUGAAUGAAAGUAACAUGAGGCAUUUUUACAUGACACCUUCUAUCAAUUGAUAGCCCUUAGUUGGCACUUGCAUCAAUUGCCCUGAACACAUAUCCUCUGUUUCUUGUUCUUCUUUAUGUUUCAGUUAAACCCAGGAGUCCUUGGGUGGUGAAUGCCACAUUUCUGAGGACCUCCAACCGGGCUCUUAUUUACAUUGGGAAUCCAUACCUGAACGAUUACCUGAAACACAACAAUCAACUGUUCCAACUACGCAUCUGGAGUGUCAAAAAUACUCUGGUGCAGUUGCCAAAAGCCUAUUUUUCUUGGAUUUGUGGAUGCAAAAGCUUAAUUAUAUUAUCAUAAUUUCCAUAUCAUUGAAUCAGAAUAAGCAGAAUCUACCGCACACUCAAAACUGAUUAGUGAAGGUGCAUGAGGAAAAAUGCAAAACUGAAGAAACAGGAAAAACUCUCCGCACACUUCCAGUCAGAUUUAUUUUAAUAGAGACUAAGCUUUCGGUCAGUUGAACUUCAUCAGAGAAUAUCAUUCAAUUAGGCUGUUCUGAGGGCAAAAAGGUCUGCAACUAAAUAUUAGGAAGGUGUUCCUAAUGUUUUGUACACUCAGUGUAUCUGGAAACAUUAACUUAUUGUCUUGUUCUUCUUUUAUGGUGUACCCUGUUCAAAGGUUAAAAACAUGACCUAUCAGCCUCUGAUCAUUGAGGGGGACGAGUACCUCCAUAAGAACACAGAGUAUCAUGUCAAGGUUCGAGCCAAGCCAAACGGGGGGUACUUUGAUGGCAGCUGGAGUGAGUGGAGCGCCUCUCUCAGUUUCAGCACCAACGCAGGUAAAAAAAGACUUGUGUCUAAAAAGCUUAGCAUGAUAUCUGGACUGUGCAGUUAGGUGGAAGUGACAGAGCAAGGUACAGGAAAUGUGAGUCACAUGCAUCAUCUCUCUCCUACUUCCCUACAGAGACAGACGUGCAGUUGCUUUCCUAUUCUUUCAUCGUGCCCAUUGCUGCCCUGCUGCUGGUCACUUUGGCAGUUGGUCUUUUCUGGAGAAAACAGUGAGUAUCAAAUUGAUCUCCUUUUGCUCUGCACAUCAACUUGUGUGUGUGUGUGUGUGUGUGUGUGUAUGUGUGCAUGUCCUCCAUGUCAUCCUCUUGAUGUCUCUCUGUCCUCACAGAAUACAUUCCUUCAUAUGGCCAAGCAUUCCACAUCCCAAACACACACUUCUCCAGAUUGCCCAGACCUACGAGCCAAUGAAGGUAAGUCCUCUGAUAUGCACUAGACAGUGAACGAUAAUGGCCAUAAUGAGUUAUGAGGAUAUUGGUUUAUCCCAUCUCUUUCCUUUAACCCAGCAGGGCCCACCUGUGAGCUUUGACCCUGAGGUGUUCAGUGACCUCAACAUCCAGCAGGUGGAGCCGGACAAGGAGCAGGACCUUACCGCCCAACCCCCUGACUCUGACUCCCAUCGACUCGCUGAGGUAAAAGAUCAAUGCCUCAUUCAAGAGUGUAAUAGGGAUACGACGUCCUGCCAUACAACCAGUAGUGGAUGGUCAGAGGCCAUACUGCUGAGGUGUGAGUCCCCAGGAGAGCACCUCGACGCUGGGGCGGGGAGCAGUGGGAACAGUGGCUCCACCGUGGGGAUCCUGGAUCUGAGGAGUGACAUUGAGAGCAUGGAGACAGACGACAGUGAUGGUAACAUUGGUCCUGAGGGGCUAGGUGCUACUCAGCAAGGAGGCAAGGAUGAGGCUUAUGUCACCAUGUCUAGUUUCUAUCAGAUCCAGUGAGAGAGAGAGAGAGAGAGAGAGAGAGAGAGAGAGAGAGAGAGAGAGAGAGAGAGAGAGAGAGAGAGAGACACAGACAGACAGACAGAGUCAGUCAGUCAGUCGGAAUGAUCUAGUCAAGAUUAAUUAUAGCUGCUUAUUAUACUCUUACUCCGAGUGACUUUGGCUGCUUUUAUUUGAAGUCUAUUUAUUUCACCGUGACUCAUCCACUGACUUCCAGUAUCACAGGAGACUAGCAGAACUCAAUGCACA